CCCGCCGCCUUUCCCCUCCCUGUGGGCGCCUGGCGGACUGCUGCUGUCGCGAGUGGCAAGCGCGGUGGGCGGGCCGGGUGGCGGCGGCGGCGGCAGCGCUACGCUGGGCUGGGGCGGGCAGCCGCGACGACAGCUGAGGUGGCUGCAGAGGCCACUGAGGUGCUGAUUGGGUGGCCUCGAGCAGCCCCUGCGAGCCGUCAGGCGCUCCCCGGGCAGCAGUGGGCCGCAGACAGGUUAGAGUGGGGGCAGGGGCAGGCGCGGGAGCAGCCCCGGGCCGGAGUGGGAGUCCGAGCCAGGCCAUCUCCAGCCAUGUCCGACGAGGCGUCAGCCACCACUUCGUACGAGAAGUUUCUAACUCCCGAGGAGCCCUUCCCGCUUCUGGGACCCCCUCGCGGGGUGGGCACAUGCCCGAGCGAGGAGCCGGGCUGCCUGGAUAUCAGCGACUUCGGCUGCCAGCUCUCGUCUUGCCAUCGCACGGACCCGCUCCACCGCUUCCACACCAACAGGUGGAACUUAACUUCCUGUGGAACGAGUGUGGCCAGCUCAGAAUGCAGUGAAGAACUGUUUUCAUCCGUUUCUGUUGGAGAUCAAGAUGAUUGCUAUUCCCUAUUAGAUGAUCAAGAGUUCACAUCUUUUGAUUUAUUUCCUGAAGGGAGUGUCUGCAGUGAUGUCUCUUCUUCUAUUAGCACAUACUGGGAUUGGUCAGAUAGUGAAUUUGAAUGGCAGUUACCUGGCAGUGACAUUGCCAGUGGGAGUGACGUACUUUCUGAUGUCAUACCCAGUAUUCCAAGUUCACCUUGCCUGCUUCCUAAAAAGAAAAACAAGCACCAGAAUUUAGAUGAACUUCCUUGGAGUGCAAUGACAAAUGAUGAGCAGGUGGAAUAUAUUGAGUAUCUGAGUCGUAAAGUCAGUACUGAGAUGGGUCUUCGGGAACAACUUGAUAUUAUUAAAAUAAUUGAUCCUUCUGCUCAAAUCUCCCCUACUGACAGUGAGUUUAUUAUUGAACUUAACUGUCUCACAGAUGAAAAACUGAAGCAGGUCAGAAACUAUAUCAAGGAGCAUAGCCCUCGCCUACGGCCCACAAGAGAGGCCUGGAAGAGAAGCAACUUUAGUUGUGCAAGCACCAGUGGAGUGAGCGGUGCCAGUGCCAGUGCCAGCAGCAGCAGUGCCAGCAUGGUCAGUUCUGCAAGCAGCAGUGGGUCCAGUGUUGGAAACUCUGCUUCAAACUCCAGUGCCAACAUGAGUCGAGCACACAGUGACAGCAACUUGUCUGCAAGUGCAGCAGAGCGGAUUCGGGAUUCAAAAAAGCGAUCCAAACAGCGGAAGUUACAGCAGAAGGCCUUACGCAAGAGGCAGCUGAAAGAGCAGAGGCAGGCUCGGAAGGAGAGGCUCAGUGGGCUCUUCCUUAAUGAAGAAGUGCUGUCCUUGAAAGUGACUGAGGAAGAUCAUGAAGCAGAUGUAGAUGUUUUGAUGUAAUAAGGGUGAAUUUAUCGGCAUUGUUUCUAAGCAUUAUUCUGUCCUUAUUUGUUUACAUGCAUCUUGACCAAACUUUUGGUUAGGGCUGUGCUGACAUACCAUUAAUAAUUUAGGUCUGUGGUUCUCAGCAGGUGGUCCUCGGACCAGUAGCUUCAGCAUCACCUGAGAAGUUAUUAGAAAUGCAAACUCUUGGGUCCCACCCCAGACCUAGUGAAUCAGAAACGCUGGGGAAGGGGCGUAGCAUUGUGUUUUAACAGGUACCAGGUUAUUCUGCCACACACUCUAGUUUUAAGAACCACUGAUUUAGUAAAUGUUUUGACUAUUUAAACUUCAGAGUGGUUAAGUGGGCUUUUUCAGACUAGUACUUUAACAGUUUAGGAGAUUUCAAGGUACUGCUGACAGAUAAUUUAUUGUGUCAGUAUAGAAUGUGUAGAGAUCAUAAUUCAGUUUCUUAAUGUUGCAAUUUCUUAGUUUUUCUAAAGGGCCAUAGCAUAAUUCUCAAUUCCUAGUGGACGUCAUUUUUUUUGAGGUUGUAGGGAUAGGAUGUGGAUUGCUGUUUACAAUAGUGCCUUCAUUAGGUUUAUUUGUUUUCAUUCAUUAUUAACUCAAAUGUGUAAAAAAUAGGCCCUAACAUCUUUUGUUAGGUUUGUUUUUGUUUUUCACUUUAUGUAUAUUCAGUAUCCUUUCUGCAAGUGAUGACUACUGAGAAAAUAAUGUUACUAGUAGCUGAAUUUUAGACUUAAUGCUACAUUGAUUAAUAUUCAAAUGGAAAAAUCCAGCAAGCAAAACAACCAGUUCUACUUUUCACUGCUUUUUGAAAUUUUAGGCUGUGAAACUGUCUUAAAGGCAAGAAACACCUCUGUCAAGUUCUUUUUGUAGGUCUUUUUAUUUUCAGCACAGCUCUAAUUUUUAAAUAUUUGAUGUAACAGCUUUGUGGCAUGUGAACAAGUUAAUGUUCAAAAUUAACUCAAGAAAACCCUUACAGUUCUGCUAAACUCUGUAAAUCGCUAGAAAUACACUGAGCAGUGAGAUAUAAAAAAAACUUUGCUUCUUGGCUACUAAUAGUACUCUAAUUUUAAAUGUGAAAUCAUAGAGUCUCUAAAUGUUUUCAUGAAGAGUUUGUUAUCAUGAACGUUAUAAGUAGUGUGAUUCCUUUUAUUUUCCCACACAUCUUUAAACAUUCACACGGGUUAAAGAAAAUGGAAACUGAUACUACUGACAAUCAAGCUGCUUUCUGACUUUCAUAAUUUUCUUUUUAUUGUGGAAACUUUGGAGGUAAUCAUGAUUUUGUAGGAUGAGUUGUCAAUAUUUUUUUAAACUCUAGAAUCAGAGGUUGAUAAAUUCCUACUUUUUUUUUACACUGUAUCAUAUCAAGUAAUCCAUUAAAAAGAUUAACAAUGUAGAUCCUUAAUUCUCAGCUGCGGAUUCUUAAUUCUCAGCAUAACCUUGGCUUACAAUCAUGUUUUGAAAUUUUUACUUUAUUUUGGUUCUUCAAAAGUUAAAGAAUUGAAACUAAGGGAAAAAAUUGAUAUAUUGCAGUUUUACUGAGGUCUGUGGUAUGGUUGUAACAUUUUGAAGACUACUAAAUUCAUACUUUAAAAUUUUACUGAAAUAACGGUAUAUAUGUGUAUAUGGUUGUCAGUUGGAGUACUUCCUCUGACUUUCCUCUUACCCCCUCUUUAGUGCUUCUGACUAGCCUAGAGUGCCCAAAGAGAGCUUGGGGAUAAACCCCAGGAUACUCUUGAGGAAGAUUGAAAGGGUCCACCUUGUUGUGUUUUCCCUUCUAAAUAUAGAAAGAGUAAAUAGAAGAGCAAAUACAGCUGAAUUCUCUACCUGCUCUUAGCAAAAGCAAAAUUCCAGGGAAUGACUGCCUAUUCUCUUUAGUUACUCUUCAAGGAAAACAGGCCCCUUUUGGAGACCUUAGAGCAGCAUGUAUCUGUUAAAUACUUGGAAACAAUUUACUUGACAGUGACCAGUAAAAGAAGAUCCUAAUAAGACCAAUUCCUCUACUCUCCCAAUAAUUGCAGUCUUAUUACCAUAGAUUUAACUUAAGUCACUGUUAAGCAAGUUUACCAAAGUGUCACAAAGCCAAUUUUUAAAGUUUAUAAAGGUUUGAGUGUUUAUAGUAAAGUACACUAUGAAGUGUUGUACAAAUCUGGAUGCACUGUCUUUAUGGUACCAUAAAUUAGAAGAUAGGUCAGUAAGGUGGCUUGGAAGGGAUUGAAAGAAAGAACAGGAAAAAAAAAUUAAGCAAUUUGUGUUUGCUUAUGAUUGAAGAGGGAGAUUACAAAGUCUUUACCUACCCCCCCCCCAAUAAAACAACAGAAAAAGACAAAAAAUUCUCGUCUUUGUUAACGUGUUAUACUUUUUUUUUAAUGUUUUAAUGCUUCAUGUAGAUAAUUCAGGUUUGAAUUAUUUCUUUCUUAGAAUAAAUAAUAAAUUUAGUCUAAUCUCUUUCUAAGUUCAAUUUAAAACAAAUCCAACUCAAUUUUUUUCUUUAAAAGUAUAAAAAAGUAUAAACCUCGACUAACCGAUUAAUAAAAAUGUGAGACUUACUUGCUCCAUUGUCAGUUCUCAACUGUAGAGAAUUGACAUUAGAGCAAAUAAGUCUUUCCCUUUAAAAAUAAGCCUUGUUACAUGAGGGCAUGAUUAAAAAAUAAGACUUCUUAAUUAAGGGCAUAAUGAAGUCACAUCACAUUUAUUCACAUUUAUUAGGGAUCUUGUGUGUAUGUCAAUUAUAUCUCAACAAAACUGGGGAAAAAAGACCUUGUAGAAGUCUGUCAGUCCCUACCACAGGUUUUAAAAGUACAAACCUUGAAUUUAAACAAAAUGGCGUAUUUUUUUCUACAGUUUUGCAACUGAGUUAAAGUGAGGCAAUGUAGUAUAAUGUGUAGUGAAGUACAAAGGACUUUAUACUGUUCUUCUGUCCCAAGAAGAACUUAGAGUAAAAUAACUUUAUUUUUUGAGACUUGUCUCAUUUUUAGUUAAGUUGUGGCUGUUUUGUCCAUUUUGUCAGUCCUUUGGGUUAACUAGAUAUUGCUGAAUUAAUUCCAGAAACUGAUUUGAAAUUUGAUGACUCCAUGGGUUGGAUAGACAUCUCACUUUAUUUAACUCUUAAAAGUGCUCCCCUCAUGAAGGAAAAAAUUUAAGAAACUACUAUAUAAAGGUAUCCAGAUUGUGAUGAGCUUUAAAAAUUGUGAAAUUUAUCAAAUGUCUUCAUUUUUAAGCCAAAAAUGUUAGUUCAUGACAAAUAGAAAAGUCUUGUUCCCAGGAUUCUCUAGCAGAGUCUUUUGUUUGUGGCUUACUCUUUAUAGCUUCCUGUGCCUUAAAGGUGAACUCUAAACUCCUCGUCAAUAUUAGGCUUUUCCAAACUCAAAAGUAAUCUAAAUGUUGUAAUUCAUUUUAUAAAAUGCCCAUGCUCUUGGAUAUCAGUAAGCAAAAGCAUUAUAUCGAACUAAUCAAUGAUAAUAGAGUACAUAACAAAAACCUUCAGAUCUUAAGUUUCACUUAUAUAACUUGAUUUUUGGCCCAGCUAGGUCAUAGAACAUUGAAGUCAUCUAGAGUAUAGUUUAAUGUAUUUGUUUAUUUUUUCCCCUGAUAAAAGUCAUAAAGCAGAAUACUUUUUAUUUUACUUAUUUUAUUUUUUGGCCUCACUGUGCAGUUUGCAGGAUCUUAGUUCCCUGACUAGGGAUUGAAACUAGGCCCUCGGCAGUGAAAGCAUGGAGUUAUAACCACUGGGCUUCUAGGGAAUUCCCAAGAAUAUUUUUUAAAGUUGAGUUAACUCUGGAAAGAUAAUUUUCAAGGCAAAAUUACUUCAAAUCAGAGAUUAUAUAGCAAAUUGAUUUGUUUGUUAACUUUAGCAAUUCUUUGUAUUCAUUUAUGUAAUAGCGUAACAUUCCUCUUCCCUUUAACUUCAUAACACUUCUGUCUACAAGAAAAAUGUUUGCUCCAAACUGGGAAGGGGUUACUUAAAAUCAGUUUAUAGUUUGAGAUGGUUGAUAGGAAAAUUUCCAGUUACAGUCAGAUGAUAGUAUUGAUGUUGAGCACACUGACAUUCAAUAUGUCUAAACCUAGAACUAAGUUUAAUCCUUAAAAGGACUAUUAGGUAGAAAAUAAAUAUUUGUAUACACGUGUACUGUGAUAACUUUGGAUUCAUUUUAAGUCUGACAAAGUAAGAUAAGUUUUAUCUUUACAAUUAAAUUAUGCUAAGUGGUGGGAGGUAUCGGAGAGAUAUUUAGACCUAGGCAUCCUUAUCAGUGUAGUAUCUGGAACAUAUCUCCUUAGAAAUGCUUAAUUCUUAUUUCUUUGGAAAAUUCCAGAAGGCAUAGAAGGAACUUGACAAAUUCUAAGUAACUGGCUAUUAUUAAUAAGAGUAAGAAAUCUACUAUACUUCAAUAAAAUAUUUUAAGACAAAAAAUAGGAAGUUGCAUGGUAUAGCCAAGUUGACUCACUAAAAUUUUAUUUACAUAUUUUUUCUAAUAUGAAGAUUACUUGUUUUCAGUAAUUGUAUUUUAAAUACACACUUCACAAUUGUAUUUUAAAUUAAGGUUAUUAAUGUUUUAACCUAGAUAACAUAAUGGUAAAUUAAUUUUUUAAAUUUGAUAUCCAUACUGAACUUGGAAAAACUGAUUUGGUCUUCUCUGAUUUCAGUAGGUAUUGUUGGAUUUCUUUGUUACAUCUUUGUGGUCAGUGGAACCUGUGGAAAUCUGUGUUCUUUUUUUGUGGUGAGGGGUGGGGGUAGAAAAGAGGAGAGUAGUCUAAUUAUACAUAGGCAUUUUGACUAUAUAAAGGUAGUUGUAGAAUUAAUAUGUAUAAACGACAAGUUAACACUUACCUAUUGUGAAUUGUUCUAAGGAACAGUGGCCUGAAGCCAUGGCUUGUUUUGUGGAGCUGCUUGCUCUUUAAUAAUAGCUGACCAGUUGGAUUUAAGUUGAGACUUUGGGGUUAGGUUACCAAGCUGAGGCUUUUAGGAAUGGAGCAGACUGUGUCUGUUCCUAUAGUGGAUCAAUUUAAUUUCCUCUUUGAACACUCUAAUUUAGAUAUAUGUAUUAUCCAUUCUAAAUCUUUGUGUUGGGAGUUUUAUAGAACUGUUUUCAAAAGCUAUUAAGGAUAAACACAGUAUAUGUAAAACAUUUCACAGAGGUUAAAAAUUUCAAUUUUUUGUUUUAGUUUCAAAGGUUAGUUAUGUAGCACCAAUAUCAUAACCAAAGCAAGUAGGAAGUUGACUGGUUUGGAGAAUCUUCAAGUAGUCUUAAAUACUGUAAUGUAUCAGAUUGUUAACCAGGAUUUUUUUCCUGUAUUUCUGCUAAAUGUAUUACUGUAUUAAUGCACUUUUGUAUAUAUAUAUCUAUAUAUCUGUCUUCUGUACAUUCUGUACUUACUUCAGUGUAUAUAAAAGCUGUUUUUCCUGAAGCUGUGAGGGAAAACCAAUAGCUGUAACACAAGUCACUUCUAUUUUGAGUUUCCUCUUGUACUUGAAAGUAGUCAUUCAGUAGUUAAAUCUAUAUAGUAUGUACGGUUAUAAUUAAAAUGGCAAUGUGGCAGAGCUGUCUUUUGAAACUGAUUAUAAGAAUGAAAAGUGUUUUGGUUAUGAAAAACUUGUAAUAUUUUGAUGUACCAUGGAUUUGUACAAACCCACUGCUGCUUACUACUUUAUACUUCUGAAUCUACUCCUUUUCAUGUCCCAUCCUAGAACAUUUAUCAACAGAGAAAAAUUUCUCUCUUCUCUUUUGCUCAGUUUGGUUAAGGCUCCAUAGCUUUUGUUUUGUGUAAGUCCUAAUUCCCCAGAUGUCACUGGCAAAUCUCUCUUCUCCUGGAAAGAUCAGAUUUCUAGAGGCAUUAGAAUUCAUAGUAAGUGAAAAUUAGGUCUAACGUUUUUUUACAAAAACCAGAUCUAUUUUCCUUCUAGAGUUUUCUUAAGUUAUAUUAAAGUAAUGUCUGUGAGCAGUUUUAUGUAUUGGUACAGAAGCAGUUCAGCCUUUCAGCAGCAACUUUAUCUCUUGCCACUAGAGGGAGAUCUGUGGUUGCUCCCUCCUUUGGAAAAUGUCUUGGCUGCUUUUCAUUUGUUUUUGAUUUCAGAGGUUGGAAUUGACCUCAUGCUCAAAAUUCCUUUUGUGAUAUUAAAUGCUUUGAUUUGUUAGUCAAAGGUAAGUUAAUUGAGCUUGUUUAAUAAAGCCAAUAUAAUUCAUGCUUUUCUGGUAAUGUUCAAUUUUUAAUAAAUGUGAGUCAGAUAUUAAGUGAAA